ACAGGAACGAAAAAUUCAUUCACAAGAAGCUCGCGCUACAGAACACAAGUCAGAGUAGUUGGUGUGUACUCUCGUCGAUUCAGAUUUGUGAACCUGCUGUGUAGUAGAGAACCUGCAAUCACAUUGGUGGCCAUUCAGUGCUGAUAGAGACAUUGUGUCUAGCUGAAAAGUGACUUGAGAAGUUGAUGCAAUCGAGGAACAAUAUUGCAGUGACGUUUGAAAUUCGUUCGUAGUCUCUUAAAACAAUUUGCAUCGGUGCUGUCGAAAAAAUUAGCCAGUGUUGAAAAAUGGCUCAAAUAAUCAAAAUAUGUAGUGUUGCCCUGGUCGUCUUAAUACUGCUAAGUAGUAGCCAGGUGUCAGAACAGGCAGCCACAUUCUUACAGGAUUUGUCUAGAAUGACUCGAUCUAUCGACGCACAAGAAGAAAAAUGUACGGAUAACACGGCCUGUGGAUGGGCAAUUUAUAAACCGUUCACUAGAGCAAUUGAAAACUAUAUGCGAAAUACAUGCACUUGCCCGGAACACAUGAAAUGCAUUCGUACCGAUGAUGAUUUGUCCAUUAGUGCGUUUGUGUACAGAUGUCGGAAAAUGCAGAGUUAGGAUGCAUGCUCAAUAAAAUAGUUUAGCUCCUUGUGGUCUACGCUUCCAUCUGUACAAUAGUUCUUAAAAUGACCAUUCAGUUCUUCUUCAUACUCUAAGCUUUACACUAUUUAAAUGCCUUUCUCACUUUCUAUUUAAUUUAUAUUUUUAACGGCAUAUGCAUGUUCUAUUUGAAUAACUUUAUUAUUCAGUCAUUAUUUAAAAACAACUACAGGAUUAACAUGCAGUAAAUAUGAUAUUGUUGCUGAAACACUUUCAUAAUUCUGUUUCCUAAGAACUUUUUCUAUGGAAUCAAAUCCAUCAAUAACUGAACAGAAACUAGUGACUAAGUGAAAGAAAUGAAAAGACAUAAAACAGUAAUAUAACUACUAGUGUGUAAGAAUUGUCAAACAGUUCCUUUGCAAAAUGGAUUAGUAAUCAAUGUUAAUUAGCAGUUAAUUUGUAAAUCGUUUAUAAAACGUCUACGAGAAACCGCAAAUCUCUUUCUAAAAGAAACCAGUUGCCAACAGUUCUGUUCAACACCAUGAGAACUAACAAAAAUAAUCGGGUUAUUUUCUGUUGAGAUCACCAUGUCUAACGUUUUAAAACUAACCUCGAAUGUGGUGGCAAACAAACCAUGACGUAUCCCAUCGAUCCAUCAUUUCAUAAACCGUAGAACUUCAUAAAAAUCUCAAUUAGCACAUGAAUAAACCAAUAGUCAAAAUUUUCCCAUGAUCCGAUACAGCCGACACGAUGAAAAUAAUCCAAUGUUAGAAACGUACUUAAAAUUGUAUCCACGAGCUUUCCGUGUGACUCUUCAACUUGCUACCGAAGGCGCGCAAAUUAACAUUGAUACUAGGAAGCAACCUCAACCGGAUCAUUCUUUCUGGUAUAACAGAAGCAAUACAGUGCAGUAUUUCUAUUACCAACAGCCAAUUGCCACAUGAAUUUUAAAAUUUACCGUACAUACUCUAAUUUAACAGAACCACAUUGGUAUCACCCACCACUAGACCCUCAAAGAAUGUAAAUCAGUAUUUGAAAUGGAUAGAAAAAUUUACGCACAUCUACAGAGCAUUAAAUACAGUAAAAACAAAACAUUUUCUAAAAAAAAUAAAAAGCUAGAUUGAGCUUGAUAUUUGUUACGACUGUAGUAUCAGAUUGUAUUGAUAAUGAUGAUUUUUGAUAAGGUAAAAUAAAUAUAUAGAAAAA